AUGGAAUCUUCGAGCAGAAGCUUAACUCAGUAUAUACCAUCACCUAUGGAAUCUUUAUCAAGGUUAAAGCGGAAGGGUGUAGACAAUUUUCAGAAGGUGAAAAAAUCCGGUAAAUCCAUCUAUAAUUAUAACUACUCGAAAUUUGUCCCUCAUUCAUUUUCAGCUAUUGACGAAAAUAUAAAGCACUCAGAAAAUGACAACGAUGACGUUUUGGAGAUAAUAGGCUCCAGAAAAGAGAAGAAAGUCUCGAAAGCCAUUUAUAAAAGAAAGGGUGGCCAGUCACCAAGUGAAGUGUCUCAGCUUUCAUUGGGAGAUUCAGAUGCUGUAACUUUGGUGAAUUCGGUCUCCAAUCUCAAAUUAAACAACGCCUCCACUUCAACUUCUUUGGUGUCCUCAUCCUCGACAGUAUGUUCCCAAACAAAAAUCUCAUCACGUUCUUCAAGAAGCUUCUCUAAUCAAGCGAAAAUCAAAGAGGAAAAUCCCUAUUUCUCUAAUGUGAAAGACUAUUGUGGUCCAAUGAAAGCAUCCAUGAUAAAAAGGGAAAUCCUCAUUGAAGAACCUUUGAAUCCAACCACUGAUAUCAAAUCUUUUAUCAACUCAUACAAUCAUUCAGAAGCAUAUAGCCUAGGUGAAAGUCAACAUCUACAUUAUUAUCAAUUGCCAUUUCCAUGGAGGGAAAAUAGGUACAUAAUUCAUGGCUAUAGGUUCUAUAAUACCCAUUCUAAGUCAUUGUUAUCCAUCAUUAAUUGGUACGGCUGGCAUAAUGAAACUUCCAACAUUUGGUCCCACUUGUUGGGAGCCAUGUAUAUAAUUUAUCUGGCAAUUUACGAUUUUCCCCAGUCUGAAGUUUGGCGGAAUCCUAACGUUCCCCAACAAGCAAGAUGGAUUGUUUUUAUGUUUUUGGCAGCGGCCUUGAAAUGCAUGUUGAGCUCCGUAUUCUGGCAUACAUUCAACGGGACAUCUUUCCUAAGGUUGCGUUCCAAAUUUGCGUGUGUUGAUUAUAGUGGCAUUACUAUUUUGAUUACCGCAUCGAUAUUGACCACUGAAUUUGUUACAAUGUAUUCAUGUUAUUGGGCGAUGUGUACUUAUAUGGGCAUUUCUUUAGCGCUCGGGGUAAUCGGUGUUUUUAUGAAUUGGUCACCUCGAUUCGAUAGACCUGAAGCAAGACCACUCAGAAUUAGAUUUUUCAUCCUACUCGCUACCAUGGGUGUCUUGUCGUUUCUACAUUUGAUAUUCCUAACGGAUAUAUAUUAUGCUUCGAGGCUAUUUGGCCCCGUUACGUACAAAUCGGUUGUUUGGUACUUGGUCGGUGUGGUUUUCUACGGUUCGUUCAUCCCUGAAAGGUUCAGGUCUGAUGUUCAGGUUGAUAAAACAAUUCCAACUGACUACGAAUUGUCUACUGAUUUGGAAAUUAUCACAAAGCAAAAAGAGAUUCAUUUCAGAAAGGUACCUACUGCCCAUUCCAAGUGCAACUCCUGCCCAUCUCAUGUCAGAUCAUUCAAGUCUCUAUGGUGGGUUGAUUAUGUGGGUUGUUCGCACACUUUUUGGCAUUUCUUUGUAGUUUUAGGUGUUAUCGGUCAUUAUAAAGCCAUUCUAGACAUGUUUGCCAGGAGGUGGGUUUUAUCAUGA